AUGCUACGAUCAUCUUUUCUUUGUAAUUCAAAAAAAUGGAAUCUACUGCAAAGACUUGUUCAUUCAGAAGCUAUCACUUAUACUGAGCAUGGCGAUCCAGAACAGGUUUUACGUUUCUCAUCCACUCCAGUACAUCCGUUUGCAAAUGACGAGGUUUUGGUAAAAGUUUACGCGGCCCCUAUUAAUCCAUCGGACAUCAACACGAUACAAGGUACUUAUCCAAUCAAACCAAAACUACCUGCUGUUGCUGGGAAUGAAGGUGCGGGUAAAAUUAUUGCGUGUGGGAAGAACGUGGAUGGUUUCUCCGUAGGUGAUACAGUUAUUCCUUUGGAAUUAGCGUCAGGGACAUGGCAAACAUACUGGUGUGGUAAAGCUGACAGUUUCUUGAAGAUAAAACAUCCCAUCCCGAUAUCUUAUGCUGCAACAUUAGCAAUUAAUCCUAGCACUGCACUUCAUUUACUCAAUAAUUUUGUAGAACUUCAAAAGGGCGAUACUUUAAUUCAAAAUGGUGCGACUAGUGCUGUUGGAAUAUAUGUGAUCCAAAUAGCAAAAAUAUUAGGACUUAAUACAGUGAACCUGUUUCGUGAAAGAGAUACACCUGAAGCCACAGAAGAAACACGUAAUCUUCUUAAAAGUUAUGGAGGUACAUGGUGUCUCACAGAGUCUGAAUACAUGGAACGAGCAAAAGAAAUAGGCCCUUUCAAACUUGCAUUAAACUGCUUAGGGGGGAAACCUGCAUCGACCUUGGUGAAAAACCUAAGUCAUUCCGGGACUAUGGUUACAUACGGUGGAAUGACACGGAAUCCAAUGCCCUUACCCGUUGGUCCAUUCAUUUUUAAAGAUAUCAGUUUACGCGGUUUUUGGCUGUCUAAUUUUAAUCUACAUCAGUCCACUUCAAAAAGACAACUUACUAUCGACCAAUUAUCAAAAUGGUUUUCUGAAGAUCUCAUUAGACCCUCACCAUUUGAAGAAAUUCCUUUCAAAGAAUGGCGUAAGGCGUUACAUAUGUCAUUAUUCAGUGAUUCAGCACCAACAAGUAUUAGAAAAAAGUCUGUUUUGAUUAUGGAAUGA